AUGCAGUCCUAUCUGCAGUACCGACGACUGGGACAGGCUGUUCACAGACAGCUGGACCAUGUCGGGCCACGCGAUGUCUCGGCCUCCGUAACAGGGAGUCCUGCUCAGGACCGUCAAAUCGCAGAUGUUGUCGGCGCAGCGCAGACAGAUCAAACCAGCAAUGUCCCCGAGUCGAACCCGAGUCCGUUGGCACAGAGCAAGACGCAGCACUCCGAGAAGACAGCGCUCGGCUAUUCCCUGGCUGGCAUUGAUGUCCAGAGACAGAUCGAGCCCGGCGACUCGACAUCCCAUCUCUUCAUUGUCGGGUGGGAAGACGAGACCGAUCCUCUGAACCCGCAGAACUUCAGUUUUGCUCGGCGGCUCGUUGCUACCCUUCUUGUGUCUGCGCUCGGCUUUAUCGUUGGAGCUGCGUCGUCGAUUCCCUCGGGCGUGAUGUCUCAGAAUAUCGAGGCUUUCGGUGUCAGCGAGGUCGUGGGCUCUUUGGUUAUUGGUCUCUAUCUUCUCGGGUUUGCAACAGGCUCGCUCGUCAGCGGACCCCUUUCCGAAAUCGUUGGCCGCAAUGCCGUCUAUGCAGGCUCCCUCACCCUCUUCAUGAUCUUCGUCAUGGCCUCGGGACUAGCCCCCAACAUCGGUGCCCAGCUCGCCUUCCGCUUUCUGGCCGGUAUCUUCGGAUGCCCGGCGCUAACCUGCGCAGGCGGCACGAUCGCCGACUUAUGGAACCCGCUCGAGAAGACCAUCAUGUUCCCUCUGUACGCGAUCCUCUCUUUCGGAGGGCCCGUACUGGGCCCCGUGAUCGCAUCCUACAUGGGGCAGACGGGCGUGCUCUCCUGGCGCUGGUCGGAGUGGAUCAUCCUAAUCGGGUCCGGCGCUAUCCUCGCCCUUAUCAUCCUGUUCCAGCCCGAGACGUACUCGCCACUACUGCUGAAAUGGAAGGGCAAACAUUUCCGCAAAGCCACGGGCGACCCGCGCUUCCGUUCGGAAAUGGAUACGGCGAAGGUGCCGCUCGUCAAUCGUAUUGCCGGCGCCCUGAAGCGCCAGUUCCUCAUCACUGUCCACGAGCCUAUUAUCUUGCUGAUCUCGCUGUACAUGACUGUGCUGUAUAUCGUGCUCUUUACUUUCUUUGAUGGCUACGCCUACAUCUUCACCGACACCUAUGGUAUCGCCCAGGGCCUGACCAAUAUCAUUUGGGUCGCCAUGUACAUUGGUAUUGCGCUGGCGGGUCUUUUGGUCCCGUUCAUCUACCGCGGGACUAAGAAGGCGUUUACCCAGGCUGUGCAGAUGGACCAGGACUCUAGUCCUGAUGUGACCAACCCCGGGCUCUGGAUAAGGCGCACAUCCAGCCAGAAAUCCGGCUCUGACUUUCCCUCCAUCUCAAUCUGGUCCCCCAUCCUCGCCUCCACCCUCUUCGGCCUCGGCACCAUCUGCGUCUUCAUCAGCUCGUACAUGUACGUCAUCGACUCGUACGACAUCUACGCAGCCUCCGCGCUGGGCUUUAUGACCGUCUCCCGGUACUGCGCCGCGGGCGGCAUGACGGUUGUUGGCGUCCCGUUUUACAAGAAUAUGGGUGUGCAUUGGACUCUGACGAUCCUCGGGUGCAUUAGUGCGCUGCUGGUGCCGGUGCCGUAUGUGUUUUAUCGGUUUGGGUCGGUUAUUCGGCGGUGGAGUCGGUAUGCUGUUGCGGAGGACAGUAAAGUUUGA